AUUUAUAUUUGUUUUAUAAUAUACAGGAUGAGUCGCAUUUACGUUUUAAAACUUGAGCGAGUUCCUGGAUAAAAAGUAAGAACAAUUGUUGAGUUAAUGGUCCGACUGGGGUACAGUCUGGGGUACUAUCCUACGUCGAACAUUUAAUUAAAAAUAUAAGAAAACAUCAACUGAGUUUAAGUCGCUUUUUUUCCAUCGAUACGCAACACAUCAAGGAAUAUGCCUAUGCAUAGGAAAAUUUGAAAAAGAAAGUAGUUUGUAAAAUAUUCGCUUGUGAAAAAAGGUUACAUUCAAAAAUCAUGACUUAUUUUAUUUUACUUGCGAUUUCAGGCACCCCUGUGUGGAAAGCUAAAGUUAACAGCCGUUUUGCCGCGUCCCCGCUGACAACACUGCUUCUAAAUAAUGUGAUAUAGAUUUUAUAAAUAUAAAUGGUAUUGUUACAGGCAUUGCCCGAUAGCCAAGCAUACUCAUUUGAGCAAUUAGCGUUUGAUGUUAUUUCAUUUAGUUUACCUGAAGAUUGGUGUUGCUUGAAUCUCCAGACACAACUUGUAUUUCAUUAUAUUGAUCAUACUGAUGUGACAACAAGUGUAAUCAUGGAAUCAGACAUGAAUAUGAGAAUUCGGAAAUUGGAUGUCCUAGUAAACUAUGGAAAACAAAAUAUAAGAAAUUUUGAACACUUCAAGCAAAAGUUACGUGAGAUACAAAGGAUGGUUAUGUGCUUAGGAUUUUACGAAGAACAGAAAAGGAGACAUAAGCAUUGCUUCCGUAUAUGUAUUCCUCCUAUAAACAAUACAUUUGUUACAACUAAUGUACGAUGCUCGCAUUGCCAUGAAGUGCAAAUAGAAUGGAUAGCAAAGAUUACCACAAUACAAAACCUGAACAGAUUCAAUACGCAUAUUAGGGAACAUUUGUUACAACUAAGAAGGAGAUUAAGAUUCUUCACAAUUAAGGUACGUGAUGUACAGAAUUGUGUUCGAACAAUGUUGGAUGAAUCUUUCACCGAAUUAUAGCAGUAAUCAGCGAGAAGAAUGGGAUUUAUAAGUUUUUAUGUAAUUAUGGCGCUAAUCGGGGAGAAUGGCAUUUACAAUUUUUUACAUAAUUUAA